AUGCAGCACAAAAGCGAUCCAAUAAAAUUAGGACAGUCCAAGAGAGCAUGGAACUUGCCACUGGCAGGAGGAUGCAGCGAGUUAUCUCCAUCCUGGCCAGAACAGAAGGAGAAAAUGAAGGCUUUUCAUGAACUUUCUAAGCUUUUCAAUGAGAUGUGGGAUGCAGAUGUUCACUGCCUUAGGCCUGGGAAAGAGUACACAAUUGAUGUGCAGGGAAAAGCAGGUCUAGCACAGCAAGGUGACAGUGCUGUCCAGGACAAUGCAGCCAGACAUCUGUUUCACAAUGUAAAUGAAGAAUGCCUGAGGAGCAUAAAAACUUUUGCAACCUUUAUUUCCUUAUUGGACAACUAUAAGACAUAAACUGGUGUAGCAGAAGUAGUGACUCCAGAACAAAUAGUUGAAAACAAUUGUUUCCUUGAUGCCAUCUUAGCAACAGAAGUCAUGAGACUAGCUCAUGACUAUCUGCUGGAAAAACUAGCAAAGCCAAACCUUGCUGACUUCAAACAUCAGCUUUAUGACAUCUAGUUCCAACUCUGUGCCAGGAAAGAAGGAGACAGACCUGAUUCUUGUGGUUUUGAACAUGUUUUUGUUGAAGAAACAAGGCAUGGUAAGAUCUUAGGUUUUCACAACUGGGUGCAAUUUUACCUUUAGGAAAAGUGCAACCAGACUGAUUACAAGGGAUGUGGCUUGGAAGAAGAAAACCAGGAGAAGAACAAGCCUUUGCCUGACAAAGAUGACCAAGUUUUGAGCAUCCAGUUCGGCUGGAAGGGCUCAGUCAAGCCAAUUGGAAGCACCUUUAUUGGUGUCAGCCCAGAGUUCAAAUUUGCCCUUUACAUGGUCAUUUUCCUGCUAUCUGAAGAAAGAGCCACAUGUGAAACAGAAGAGCUACAGAUGGUUGUCUGGCACCGUGGGCACCACAUUGGAACAGCAUAUCCAGUACUGCUCAGCACCACUAGUGAAGAGUAGUGGAGUGAGCAGGAAACUUUUUUUUAAACUGGGGGAAAGAAG